AUGUCACAUGGUCGGUGCUCUACCCUCAUUGGUGGAAAGACAGGGGUGGGAAGACAGCGUGGUGUAUCCGAAGAUGUCGAGAUUGGGAUUGGCAAGAAGUCAUCCAUGGGAGCUUGUCUCCAGAGCACAGUCCGCCAAAACAAGGAAUGGUGGGUAUUGACUCUGGCGCGCUCGCUCAGCAGUGCUUGGUAG